GACUGCUGACUGUAAAUUAUAAUUUUUAAGGUUAUGUUGUUAUUUAUUUUUAAAUAAAUAUCAUACAGAAGUAAUUUGAUAAAUUAUAAUUAACCGUAUUGUGAUUUGUGUGUUGAGAACGCAAUAAAUUAAUUUUAAUUCAUUGUUCAUACGUCCUUCGGAAAUAAGAGUAAUUCUUACGAAAUAAGAUUCAGCAUAAGAAUGCUGAAGUUAUACUAGUGGUUUGCUAAUUUAAAAUCAUCAAAAAGAUGAACGUUGACGACAUUAUAUGUCGCUCCACUUUUUCAAUGCUUGAAGGAAAGAUUGACAGCAGAAUCAUUAGUUCUAUAGGUAAAAUGGGAUUUGAUAAACCUACUGCAAUUCAAGCGAAAGUGUUACCUCACAUGUUACUUGGAUUGGACGUUAUAGCAGCGGCUAAAACUGGAAGUGGUAAAACUCUAGCAUUUCUUAUUCCUCUGAUCAAUAGUUUACUGAAAUGCAAUUUUAACAAAAAACUUGGAACAGGAUGUUUCAUUAUUUCACCAACAAGGGAGCUAGCAUUGCAGACACAUAAAAUUUUGGAAAAGUUAUUAGUCAAUAUUAAUUUAUCACAUGCAUUGAUUGUUGGUGGUGUUAAGAAAAAUAAAGAAUUAUUAUCUCUGCAACAAGGUGUAAAUAUAGUAGUAGGAACACCAGGCAGAAUAUUGGAUCAUUUGGAAAAUACAAAAGAGUUUAAUUGCAAAAACCUAAAAUGCUUGAUUUUGGAUGAAGCUGACAAAUUACUUGAAGCUGGAUUUGAGAAACAUAUUAAAGGAAUAAUAAAACUGUUGCCAAGAAAAAGGCAGACAGGGCUCUUCAGUGCAACCAUAGAUGAUAGAGUAAGAAAUUUGGCAUCUUUAGUGUUGAGAGAAAAUCCAAUUUUAAUAUCAGUCACAGAUGAAAAACAGUCCACAGUAACGGGGCUUCAACAAGGCUAUUUCAUAUGCCCUGUCGAAAAGAGAAUACCAUGGCUAUUCAAAAUGUUAAAAAAGGCGAAAAAGUUGAAAUUAUUAGUGUUCUUCUCAUCAUGUAAAUCAGUGGACUUUCAUUAUGAAUUCUUCAGAGUACACUGCAAAGCUCCUGUCUUGAGUAUCCAUGGCAAGUUAAGUCAAUCUAAAAGAAAAGAAGCAUUCCAAAAUUUUGUAGAAGCUAAAAGUGGAGUCCUAUUUUGUACUAAUGUAGCUGCAAGAGGUUUAGACAUUCCAGCAGUUGAUUGGGUUGUGCAGUUUGAUCCACCAACAGAUGUCAAGGAAUAUAUCCAUAGGGUAGGACGAACAGCACGUGGUUUAAAUAAUACUGGUAAUGCUGUUAUUGUAUUGAGACCUGAAGAGGAAAACUUUGUUGAAUUUCUAAAGAAAGAAAAAGUUUAUUUAGAUAAAUAUACGUUUGACUCACCUCAAGAGGAUGUACAGGAAAUGCUAGAAGACUUAAUACAAAAUAAUGGUGUUAUAAGACUCUUAGCUCGAAAAGCUUAUUUGUCGUUCCUAAGAUGCUACAAGAAACACCCUCUAAGUAAAGUUUUUAACAUCAACAAUUUGGAUUUAAAAUUAGCAGCUAAAUCCUUUGGAUUUUUAGAACAGCCACAUGUUGAUUUUUUAAAUAAUAAACCCAAAAAGGCCCGAUGACACCUGAAGAAAUAUGUUCUC